GUGAGCGUGUCUUAAAAAAUACUAAAGUUAUAGGUAAGUGGAAGGAUGAGAAUGGAGGAGAUCAAGCUAUUGGCUAUGCAGGAGUUCGUGCGAAAUGCUAUAGUGUUGUGUGUGAAAAUUCUCGAAAAAAUAUGAUUAAGGCUAAAGGUCUUAAAAAGUCUCUCAUCAAGAAAGAGCUUUCACAUAAAAUAUUCGAGGACUGUGUUUUAGAAGGAAAAGAGGAUCAACCACGAACCGCUCAAUUCCUCCGAAUAGAUAAAUCCAAUAAAAGACAGAAGAUAACUACUGAGGAGGGCGAAUCUUCUACAGUAAAAAAGCUUAUCAAAGAAUUAAAAGAUGAUAGUGUUAAUAAAGAUUUAAUAUUUGCUUCUCAGUUAUCUGAAGAUGGUUAUACUUAUCUUUACAAAGAAAUUGUUAAAGCCGAAGCUGAAAUGAUAUUGCAAGUCAAAAGGUUUAAAAAAGGUCCAAUCCCACAAAUCGGUGCAUAUGGUGGGAAUACAUAG